UUCGCCGAAAUGGUCAACCGAAACGACACCACUUGAGCGGCAGUGGUUCAGUUUAAAUCCGUGCGCUGGCAAUACUUGCAACUGUCAAACUCAUUUACUCAUGAUGAAUUGACGUAUAAUUUUAUUCAUUCAUCAUUUUCCACACACGAACGACGAAAAGAAAAAAACACAACAACCAAAGCAUUGUGUAUGUGUGUGAUUGAAAUUCGAAAGCACCUUCAGCAUUUAAUUAAAAUCAUACAACUAUAUGACAAAAAUGCAGGCUGAUUUUUGAACAUCUCAUUUGUACAAAAAGAGUGUGAAUCUAUGCUAAUGGUGACAACAACGAUCGAUUAUUUUCAUUUUUGUACAAAUGAACAGUUUCCGUAUUCGAGUUGAUCAAAGCUAGAGAGGCAGAAUACAACACACACACACACACACUCGAACAGCAAUCAGCACUCCUCACACACAUCACACACCGCGCGCGCAAUUUGCAAAGCAAUAAAAACGAAUUUUUGUUUGUUGUUGUUAUGCAUCAAUUGAACCGUAUAUAGAAAUUAAAAAGCCAUAUAAAAUUGUUUUGGAAUGAUAGUAAUUAGAUAAAAAGAAACGUAUAGAAAAAAAAUAUUGCGUGCAUGUAAUUCUAGCACCUCAACGGGUUGUGUGUCAAUUGUACUGAAAAUUAUAUUAUUGAAAUAGAAGAUAGAAAUUAAAAUUAAAUAAUAUAAUCGGUGCGAUUAAAAAAAGAGAGAUAUACAUAUAAAGAUAUACAAAGAGAUAAAUUGAAUGAGUACGCGUUACGGUUACCAAGACGUUUUCCGUGGUAUUUGCCGUUUGUCGUAUGAUUUUUUUUUUUUUUCAAAAUUCGAUGUAUUGCCUCCUGUCGAUGAUAGUUUAUAUUCGAGCGUGCGCGAUCCAAACGGAUUAUUUAGUUAAAUGAGAUUGCUGUACUGUUGCUGUUGCUGGAGAAUGGCACCAAACACCCGAACGACCCGAAAAUGGGAAGUUUUUUCCGGCCGGAAUAAAUUCUAUUGCGAUGGUUACUUAAUGUCAGCACCCAACACAGGAAUCUUCUACUUAACCGUAUUCCUGAUAAGUGGAACCAGUGCACUGUUCUUUGUAUAUGAUUGUCCGUACCUUACAACAAAUAUUACCUCUGCCAUACCAAUUGUUGGAGCUAUUUUAUACGUCUUCACAAUGAGCUCGUUACUACGAACGACAUUCACUGAUCCUGGCGUUAUUCCACGUGCGCUCCAAGAUGAAGCCGCCUACAUCGAAAAACAAAUUGAAGUGCCAAAUUCAUUGAAUAGUCCAACUUAUCGACCACCACCACGUACAAAAGAAAUUCUAGUUAAAGGUCAAACUGUUAAACUGAAGUAUUGUUUCACCUGUAAAAUAUUUCGCCCACCGAGAGCAUCUCAUUGCAGCCUUUGCGAUAACUGUGUUGAUCGCUUUGACCAUCAUUGUCCAUGGGUGGGCAACUGCGUUGGAAAGAGAAACUAUCGAUUUUUUUAUAUGUUCAUCGUAUCUCUAGCAUUUUUAGCCGUGUUUAUAUUUUCGUGUUCAGUUACGCAUUUAGUUUUAUUAGGAAAAGGUGGAAACGACGAAUUCAUCGAAAUAGUUAAAGAUCACCCAUUUACUGUAAUUGUAACACUGAUUUGCUUCUUUUCAAUAUGGUCUGUGAUAGGAUUGGCUGGUUUUCAUACAUAUUUAACAACAAGCGAUCAAACCACCAACGAAGAUAUAAAAGGGUCAUUUUCCAAAGGAGCACAACAAAUAAAAAAUCCAUAUUCACAUGGGAAUAUAUGCUCGAAUUGUUGCUUUAUUCUCUGUGGACCGAUGGCACCAUCGUUGAUCGAUCGGCGUGGAGAAGUAACCGAAGAGUAUAUCGUAUCCGAUAUGCAAGCAACGGACAACAAUCGAUUUAACGGCCAACAGUCAAUUGUUUUGCAACCAUUAAGCAAUAACACACAUAUACAAAAAACGAAAUAUUAUGACAACGAAAUUGAUAAUAAUUUAAUCAGUAGCAAUAAGCCCGGUAAAUAUCGACAACGAAGCUAUGACAACUUAAAAACGGGUAAUUCAAACAGUGUGGCCAAUUUAGUGGAAAAUGAGAAUCCAACAUCGAUGCAAUCAGUGGCGAUAAACGAUGAUAUGUUACCAAAUAUGGAUACCGACACAUUAGGAAAUUUAACACCAUUCAAUAAUAUGAAAGGCAGUUAUAAUAAUCUAUUUUGUGAUAAUUUAGACGAUGAUACAGUGCAAACGUUCGAUCAAAAUGAUACGACGAUAAUGUCACCGGUGAAAACAGCGGUGGUGGUGGCGGCGUUGGCAACAGCGGGCACGACGACGCCAAACGUUCAAACAACGAAUAAUAAUCAAAUGUUAGAGAAUGUUUAUUGCAAUAUAUCGCCAGCAAUGCAAACACAAACAAAUGGUAACGAAACGACGAUAUCAACGGCCAAUACAAUAAAUCAAUCAGCAACGAAUCAUAUAGUCGAUAAUAUAUUGAGAAUGCCUAGCACCGAUCCAAAUUUGCACGUCUAUUCGAAUGUAAGUAAUGAAUGCGAUCCAAUGGUCAAAAUUGGCACGAUCACGGCCGCUGUCGCUGUUAGUGCUAACGACAUUUUGGCAGUGGACACCACAACAUUGCCAAUCAAAGGUGACAAUUUAAAUGCGGACAAUACACUCCAUUUAAACAACAUUGAGUCAAUAAUCAAUCAGUCCAUUAAGUCAUCAAAAAUGUUAAGCGAUAAUUUAAACGAUUUAGAUUUGGACGAUCCAACGCUGGCAAUAGUCAAUACACCAAAAACCAGUUCAAUGGCAAAAAUAUUUAAAUCAAACGAUACAACCGGUUUGAAUAGCGGCACCAACAACAACAAUAAAUUCAAUUCGAAUAAAAGAACGAAACAAUCGUUAAGCGCUGCUACCGCUGUCAACAGUGACGAUGCACGUUUGAAUGUUUCGAAAAAAUUGUUCAACGACACAACAAUAUCCACUGACAUGAUUGGUGACACCGAAAAUGGCAAUGGUUCAUAUUUACGAUCAUUACAUGAUACCACAAUGAUUGAUACAGCGCUCGAUUUGGAUAGUAUAGAAGAUGCAAAUAUUAGCAUCGAAAAUAUUAGUUGAACAUGCAUCGCACUUGACAAACUCAUACAUCAUCCACAUGAAUCAGCAUCGAUCAUUUGAUUUAAAUUGCAUCGAAAUCAUUGAGAGUCAGGCAAAUUGGUAAUCAUGAUAACAGAUUAUGAAUAUGAUUUAUUAUUCAAAAUGUUUUAGACAUUAUCGGUAGGCAUGUGAUACUAGCUUGAUUAAUAAUCAGUUUUCAGAAUUUCAAAAAUAGAAUAAAUUUAUUAUUGAAAGUGCAUAAUCGUUAUCAUCAAUGAAAUGCCAAAGUCCAGAGAAACAAAAAUUGAAACUGCAUUGCACCAGAAGCAUCUUCGUAUUGUCUCUUGAAUUAAAUGCUUCACAAAAUGAUGGCAAUAGUUGUAACCAACUGUUAAGACCAUCUUUGCUAUAAAAAACUCUUUGCUCGUGUUACACUUAGCCGGUUCGAAUCACCUAAUGAGUUGACUGUGUUAAAACGUUCGGCAACAAAGCCCAAUCGAAAUGAUGAUGGUGGAUAAAGAAAAAAUGUAUAUACUUUCGUUUGCUUCAUUUUCAGCAAUCGACAAGACAUCUAGCUUCGUCAAACAAUUGAAUUAAAUGAUGCCUUGAAAUAUUCCAUUUUAAUAAAUGGUCGAAAACGAAGAUAUUUCUAUUGAUUAUUUCUAAAACUUUUGCAAUUUCAAAAUAAAUGUUUAUCAUCUUCAUUUGAUGUUCAUAAAAUCAGUACCACGUGCAAUCAGAUAAUGAUUACAAAUAAUUAUUCAAGAAAAGUAGUUCAUGUAUAAUAAUCAUGGUCAAGCAUUUGAAUAACGCCAGAGUCUGCUAUUAGGUGAAAUAAGAAACGCGAGAUUACAAAACUAAGACGAGAUUAUACAUUUGACUUUAAUUAUUAUCGAAGAUUAAAUUGGAAUGCCAUUGCAAGAACGCUUGAAUAGUCAAAAGGGAGAGAAAGAGAGUGUGUGAAAUCGCGAUUCGACCAAAACAUCACACAUUUCGUUUCAAUCGCCUUACAAAGACCGUAUCUUCAGCAUCGGUAGAUUGAACCUAUGGAUGGCUUGCGACUCUCUGUUCUUGUUGCAUUUUCAAAUCACAUACACUUACUCUCUCUGCUUUCACUUUUCCCCUCACCUUGGUUCUUAUUCUAUCAACAAACAGAUCGACUACAGGUGCGAUUGACGGUUACCAUCGCACACAUUUUCGCAUAUACAUUCGUGCAUAUAAAAAUAUAAAUACAUACACACACAUAAAUAUAUAUAUUUUUUUACUUUUAUCAAUUCUUUGGGAAAAAUUAUAUUUUGUGAGGUGAAAACAUAAAAUAAAACACUGUAAAUAGACGACUGGAUUUUAAUCUGUAUAUAUAUAUAUACACUGAGAUAUAUAUAUUGAAAUGAAAGAUAGACAAAAAAAAUGCCUAUCUUAUAAACAAAUCGAUAUGCGACCGCAUGUAUUCACAUAUAAAUAUAUAUAUUUACAACCAUCGAAUGAAAACGAAAUGUGUCAUUUGGUAAAAUGCCUUAAAUAUAAGACAGAAAUUAUUUAAGAAAAUUAUUAUUGAAACAAAAUAAAAGAAGAAGAAAGAAAAAACAAUUGCAAGAAAAUGGGCGAAAAACAUGCGAUCUAACAAUGAAACAAAAAUGAAAUAGUCUAUGUUUUGUAUUCAUGUAAAAAUUAUAUUGUAUAAACAAAGGAUCGAUGCCACUUUGAAUGGCACACAACGGUUAUAAUUUUUCUUUACUUCUUAUUUUUUCAUUUUUGUGCAACAAACCAAUAAACGGUCUAAACAGAUGAAAUUAAACAAACGACAAAGAUCCUAUUUUGUAUCAUGAAAAAGAAUUAUUUGAAAUAAAAUGUUGACUAAAAUAAAA